AGUCUUGCACGGAAUGUUUAGCGAUGCGGUGGUGCGCUUAGUAAAAUUCCCAAAGUAAUUUGAGUUUACUGGAAUUUCAUUUCCUUCACCUUGUUUUGUUGGGAAAAUUAUGCAUUUUUCACACGGAUAACGUGCCCAAAAUGUGUGAAUAGGGAAAUAUUGUGAUUUUGUGUGGAAAAUCCGUGGAAAAGAGAACCUCUGGAGAGGUUGGAGUGCGGUGGUAUUGCACAGUGAGCAAGACAAGGAAGGGAAUUGCCUUUUGCGCGGCGUCUGUGUGGUGCAGAGAAAGAGAGUUGAAGCCUACUAAGGUGGUGGUGUGAGUGAUCAAAAGUGAUUAAACUACUUUGUGCAAUUGGUGAAGAUCCUGCAAAAAGGAAAAGCCAUUGGCUUGGAUCCUCAACAUUUCUUCACCUAUAAACAAUUGGAUUUUUCUGUAUUACUUCGAAGGCUCGCACGGAGUUUUGAAGGGAAAAGAAGAAACAAACAACCACGAAAGGAUCAACACACACAGCUGGGAUAUUAUAUAGAGCUUCUCUUAUACACAAGGAAGGCAUCACACAACGGAAAUUAUAAAGUCAGCCCAAGUUUUCGCUUCUUGUCUUAUGGACUUUGCCGUGGAGAAGAUGGGUGAAAUGAUGAGAUAGUCAUUAGCGAAAAUGAGCCCUUUGCGGGGCCAUCAUUUGCCAUCGCAAUGGAUGGCCAUCGUCUGCAUGCUUGUGCUGACCACGAAAUUAGCAUGGGCGGCCGAUGAUGAAUUCCGGCAUUCCUGGCGCCUAGUCCCGGAUGGUGCUCAACUAUUUAAAUUCACCCACGCACUGUACAAUGUGUCCAUACCGGAGAAUAGUGCAAGUAGGACGUAUGUGCAACAACCGACGGAUGAGGCUCGAAUGGGGGUGCACUGGGUGCCGGGUCAUGAGGUUAAGUACCGCAUAGUGGGUGGUGACAAGGAGAAGGUGUUUAAGGUUGAGGAGAGAAUUGUCGGUGAUUUUGCCUUCCUCACGCUUCGUACGAGAACAGGGAAUGUUGUGCUAAAUAGAGAAAAGACAGAUGAGUACGUCCUCGAUGUUCGUGUUACCGUGACGCAGCGUCAGGAUAGACGCACCGCAACUAAGGCAAUUUACGAAGAUGACACACGCGUUCACGUGCACGUACUUGACACCAACGAUCUCAGUCCCUUGUUCUACCCCACCGAAUAUGCGGCCACUGUUACCGAAGAUUGGCCACUCCAUCGUAGUAUUGUGCGUGUCAUUGCCGAAGAUGCAGAUCUCGGGGUUAAUGGAGAAAUCUACUACAGUCUCCUCGAUCCAAUGGCAAAUGAACAAUUUGCCGUUCAUCCCACAAGUGGGGUCAUAUCAUUGACGCGACCACUUAAUUUUGCCGAGAGAUCUUUUCAUGAACUCGUUGUAAUUGCAACAGAUAGGGGUGGUGGUCACGGUACAACAACAACACGAGCUAGCAAAGCUAGAGUUCACAUCAAAGUUAAGCAGGUAAAUCUGUAUCCACCAACAAUUUACACACAAGCUCUUCCGGAAAUAGUUGAGGAUUCUAAUGCGCACAUUUUUGGCAUUGUCCGGGUAGAAGAUAUGGAUCGUGGUAUUCACGGACGUAUAAAGAGUCUCGAUAUUGUCGACGGGGACCCCAGUGGGCACUUCCGAAUACGCCCAACAAGGCGGCAUGGGGAGUACAAUAUUGAGGUACAUCAGCUCCUUGAUCGCGAGGCUGCCCCCCAGGGCUACAACCUCACACUACGUGCUGUUGAUUGGGGCACGCCUCCGCGGCAGAGCUACAAAGUUGUCCCAGUUCACCUGGCGGAUGCCAAUGACAAUGUGCCUGUAUUUAGUCGUGAAAUCUAUGAGGUGAGUGUGCCAGAGUCCUCACCACCGAAUACCCCAAUUAUACGGCUGAAGGUAUCCGAUAGGGAUAUAGGGAAGAAUGCUCAGGUCUUCUUGGAGAUUGUCGGGGGGAAUGAAGGUGGGGAAUUUCGGGUGAAUCCCGAUACAGGGAUGUUGUAUACGGUUGUGCCAUUGGAUACGGAAACGAAAAGCUUGUACACGCUUACCGUGUCGGCCAUUGAUCAGGGCAAUAGUGGAACAAGGAAGCAAUCCUCGGCAAAGGUGAAGAUCAAUGUGGCGGAUAUAAAUGACAACGACCCGGUGUUUGAGUUGACAAACACAACAAUUUGGGUGGAUGAGAAUGAACCAGCUGGUACUACGGUGACCAAAGUAACAGCCAGAGAUCGGGAUUCCGGGGAGAAUGCCUACAUCUCCUAUAGUAUAGCAAAUUUGAAUGAAGUUCCCUUUGAUAUUGAUCAUUUCUCGGGGAUUAUUCGGACGUCUAAGCUCAUUGACUACGAAUCCAUGAGGCGGCAGUACAUUCUGCGUAUAAGAGCCUCCGACUGGGGUCUACCGUAUCGGCGUCAGACGGAAAUGCAACUUCACAUCCGUGUUAGGGAUGUCAAUGACAAUCGGCCUCAAUUUGAACGAACUGAAUGUAGCCUGGAAGUUCUACGAUCAACCCCAUUGGGAACGGAAGUUUUCACAUUGUCCGCCAUUGAUUUUGAUGCGGGAAAUAUGAUUAGCUACCGAAUGGUUGCUGGCAAUGAUGAUGGAUGCUUCAAUUUGGACUCAUCAUCUGGGAUCAUUUCAAUUGGAUGCAAUUUGGUGGAUAUCCCAACGGGAAGGCGGGAGAUCAAUGUCACAGCAACGGAUGGUACACACUUUGCCGACAUAACGCGCAUUCAAUUCGCUUUGGUACACAUCCGUCGAACUUCGGGGGCACCUGAGUGCCGUGAAACGGGUGUUACGCGACGUCAAGCGGAAAUUCUGGCUGAAAGUGAAAAGAAUAAUAUGCCACGAAGUGAUUCAAGUCAUUCAGAGGAUUUUGUCUCCCUCCCAAGUAGAUACGGUGAGAAUGUACAUACUCCUGAAUUUAUUGAUUUCCCCUUUGAAGUUAGGAUUAAUGAGACUGUACCCCUGGGUACCGUGGUAGCCGUAAUACGUGCCCGUGAUCGAGAUUUAGGCUACAAUGGGAAGCUUGUCUUUGGAAUUUCUGACGGAGACAAUGAUUCGGUGUUUCGCCUUGAUCCCGAAACAGGGGAAUUCAAAGUUAUUGGUUACCUGGAUAGAGAACGCGAAGAUGAGUACGUGCUGAAUGUGACUGUUUAUGAUUUGGGUCAUCCCCAGAAGUCCAUAUCGAAAGUUCUGCCUGUGACUGUUCUCGAUGAGAAUGAUAAUCCACCGAAAUUUGAGAAAAGUCUCACCAGUUUUCGAAUACCUGAGAAUGCUCUCAAUGGCACCGUGGUGAUUGUUCUCAAUGCCACGGAUGCGGAUACGGGGGAAAAUGGUAGGAUACGGUACAGUCUAAUUACAGAGACGAAGGAUUUUAAAGUUGAUCCAGACACGGGAGCUGUUACCGUCAAUGGGGGACUCAAUCGUGAACAACAGGAGGUGUAUGAAUUGAGAAUAAGAGCAACUGAUGGAGCUGAAAGGGGUGCAAGUCUCUAUUCGGAUGCAAUUGUUCGGGUCACUGUGGAGGAUAUUAAUGACAAUGCACCAGUAUUUAGUGUCCCAGAGGGCUAUACAGUGCGAGUGCGUGAGGAUAUUCCCCGGGGUACAUUGGUGAUUGUGGUGAUGGCCACGGAUGCUGAUACGGGGGCAAGUGGGGAUGUAGCAUAUAAAUUGGUGAUGGAUGAGGCAGCAGAUGAUAUCCCACCUUUUCGUAUUGAUGAACACUCCGGGGCAAUGAGGACGACGAGUACGUUGGAUUUUGAAGAGCGCCAAAUACAUACGCUCACUGUAAGAGCCUUCGAUCGGGGUCACCCCUCUCUUGCCACAGAUACAACUGUCACCGUGGAAAUUGUUGAUGUUAAUGAAAAUCGCCAUCCGCCACUGUUUGAUGAUUUCGUCCUCACUGGGAGGGUUAGGGAAAAUCAACCUAUGGCCACGCACGUGAUGACAGUGCGGGCACGAGAUGCUGAUCCACCUGGCCCAGACUCGAGAAUUACCUACAGCAUACGCAGUGGAGAUGGACUUGGCUUAUUCACCGUGGAUGCAGAGGGCAACGUGCGGACGCUUGCGGUGUUUGAUGUUGAAUCAAAACCCCACUAUUGGCUGACAAUUUGUGCACAGGAUCAUGGUGUUGUACCCCUGCACUCGUGUGCAGAGGUCUUCAUUGAGAUUGAAAAUGAAAACGACAAUGUUCCACUGACAGAUGAUGUGGUGUACUAUGCUGCCGUACCCGAGGGAGGAUCCAGUGGCCAGAAAAUUGUUCAAGUACAUGCUACGGAUCGUGAUGUGGAUCCAUCCAAUAGAAUUUUAUAUCGAAUUGUCUCCGGAAAUCCUGAGGGAUUCUUCACAAUUAACAGUACAAGUGGAGUUAUAUCAACAACUGGUCGUAAAUUGGAUAGAGAGAAUCAAUCGGAACAUAUUCUGGAAAUUAUGGUGCAAGACAAUGGUACCCCGGAGUUAUCCUCAACGACAAGGGUAGUAAUUACCGUGGAGGACAUCAAUGACCACGGCCCGGAAUUCGAUCAGAAAUUCUACAAGGUACAAAUUCCGGCGACAGCAAAAGUGGAGCAGAAACUAUUCCAGGUUUUGGCAAUUGAUCAAGACAUGGGAGACAAUGGUCGUGUGACGUAUGCCCUAAAAUCUGGGAAGGGUAAAGCAAAGUUCCGUAUGGAUCAAGACACGGGAAUUGUGUAUGCAGCUAAACCCCUUGAGGUUGACACAGAAUUUGAUCUUUUGGUGCGUGCAGAAGAUAAUGGAACACCGAAGAAGGCACAAACAACUCGUGUUAGUGUCCUAGUUGUCGAUGUCCCCACGGAAUCUCCUCAUGCACCACAAGUGAAGCACUCAGAGCAACAUGUUGAGGUUACGGAAAGUGAUCAACCCGGCUUCUUGGUAACCCUUAUUCAGGCAACUGAUGAAGAUGACGAUGUUCUUUGGUACGACAUAAUUUCCGGAGAUGAUCGAAAUGAAUUUUUCAUUGGUCGUGACAAUGGGAAUGUGCUACUUGUGAAGAAACUCAAUUGGGAAAUUCAGCGUGAAUACAAUCUCACAAUUGCCAUCACUGAUGGCGUCCACAUUACCCAUGCUUUUCUCUAUGUAACCGUGCUGGAUGUAAAUGAUCACCGGCCGGAGUUUUCGCAGCCAAUCUAUCGGGUAAAUGUUUCGGAGAGUGUUGAAGAUGGCACAGAAAUUCUCCAAUUGGAAGCCACCGAUGCUGAUGCGGAUAAGAAGCUCUUCUACAGCCUCCACGCUGCACAGGAUCCGGCAUCGUUGAAAAUGUUUAGAGUUGACGCCGUGACGGGUGGUGUGUACUUGGUGCAGAAACUCGAUCGUGAAAUGCUACGGGAGCAUGUUCUCGUUGUGACUGUGCGUGAUCGCGGAACACCGGCUAAAAAGAACUAUGCACGUGUGGUGAUAACAGUGAUGGAUUCCAAUGAUCAUGCACCGGAAUUCACCACGCGUAUUGUGCAAGGAAAGGUGUUUGAAACGGCGAGUAUAGGUUCAAUGGUGGUACAGUUGUACGCCACCGAUAGGGAUCUUGGGGAUAAUGCCAAGAUUACGUAUUCAAUUGUGAGUGGAAAUGUGGGGAGUGUGUUCACUGUUGAUGGACAAAUGGGUAUAAUUGCGGUUGCAAAGGAAUUGGAUAUGAGUUCUGUUGCUGAAUAUAUGCUACAGGUGAAAGCAACUGAUGGGGGUGAACCAUCGCUUUCAACGCAAAUUCCCGUCCACAUAAUGGUCCACAUGGCGGACAAUGCAUCACCGAAGUUUAUGCGUCCGGAUACAGCGGCAGAAAUUUAUGAGAAUCAACCGAUUGGGACAUUUGUGGCGGAAGUUGAAGCCAGGAGUACGUCGUCGGUGGUGUAUGAGAUUGUGGGUGGCAAUGUGAAUGACACAUUCUUUGUUAAUCCCUCAACGGGUGUUGUGACAACAAAUGCAAAUGUGGAUUAUGAACAACAGAAAUUCUAUAAUUUAACCAUUGAAGCCACCAAUAUGGCAUCCAUGUCCACGAGAUGCUUACUAAUAGUCCAUGUUCUCGAUCGCAAUGAUAAUGCACCGCAUUUUGAGAGGCACUUGUACAUGGGUACAAUAUCCGAGGCAGCAUCCAUUGGCUCACUAGUCUUGGUAGCAUCACCCCACAAUGCCACAUCUAAUGCAUCAUUGGUGGAAAAUAGUGAGCCACUUGUUAUUCGGGCCCUCGACAGUGAUUCCGGUGUCAAUGCCUUUCUGCACUAUGACAUUGUGGAAGCACUCCCGAGGCGAUUCUUUCACAUAGAUUCCACCACUGGGGCCAUCAAGACUGUCAUGGUGUUGGACCAUGAAAAAAUACCCACUUACACAUUCCAUGUAAAGGUCACUGACUUGGGUGUACCCCGUCUAUCGUCUGAGACGACGGCUCGUGUGGAAAUCACAGUGACGGAUGUGAAUGAUUGUGCUCCGGUUUUCACGCAGAAGGAGUACAAUGUUACAUUGCUACUACCGACCUACACUAACAUUGCCGUGGUCCAGGUGGCGGCGACGGACAGGGAUACAGUCUCGGAUGCCCCACAGCUCACAUAUGAGAUUAUUGAGGGUAACCGUGGGGAUGUUUUUGCCAUCAAUGCCACAUCUGGGGUCAUAAUGACGCGCGAUGUUGAGCAAAUUGUAUCACAGUACCGGCUAAAGGUGCGAGUGAGUGAUGGGAAAUUCAGCAAAACAGCUCUUGUGCACAUACAUGUGGAGACGUCAGAGAAUUCAGGAUUAAUUUUCCAACGUCCCUUCUAUGAGGGUGCCAUUGUGGAGAAUAGUACAAAAAUUGCCACGGUAACCGUUGUUAAUGUUCUGGGUACCAUCCUUAAUGAGCACAUUGAGUUUAGGAUUCUCAAUCCGACGGAUAUGUUCCGUAUUGGGGUAACAUCGGGUGUUGUCGAAACCACCGGAAUGCGCUUCGACCGCGAAACGAGGAACAAGUAUGAAUUGAUUGUGGAAGCACGUUCACAGACACUUGACCGAGAGAGGCCGCGUGUUGCUCACGUUGUGGUUAAUGUUACAAUUCUCGAUGUCAACGACAAUUGCCCCAUGUUUGUCAAUCUACCCUACUAUGCUGUGGUCUCUGUGGAUGAUCCCAAAGGGUCUGUCAUCACCAAAGUCCAUGCAUUGGAUCUUGACAGUCAGGAAAAUGGAGAAGUCAGGUAUGAAAUGAAACGUGGCCACGGGGAACUCUUUAAGGUUGACCGAAAGACCGGUGAGGUGACACUAAAGCAAACCCUCGAGGGACACAAUCGAGACUACGAGCUCCUUAUUGCAGCUUACGAUGGUGGGAUUACGCCCUGCUUCACCGAUGUUACGGUUCAUGUUAAGGUGAUUGAUAAAUCCAUGCCGGUAUUUAGUAAGCAAUUCUAUUCGGACAGUGUUGCAGAGAAUGUUGAACUUUUCACACCGCUUUCGGUCUCAAUUCAAGCUGAGAGUCCUCUUGGGCGUAAAUUAAUUUACACCAUUGUAAAGGGAAACGAAUUGGAGGAGUUUGCAUUGGAUUUCAAUACAGGUGCAAUCUAUGUUGUGGAUGAAUUGGAUUUUGAGCGUCGACAGAGCUAUGAAUUAAUAAUUCGGGCAACUGAUAGUGUUUCGGGGGCAUCAGCUGAGGUUCCAGCAUCUAUUUUGGUGACAGACAUCAAUGAUUGUCCACCGGAAAUGGAUCAUGAUGUGUACAAUGUAACCGUGAGUGAGGGUGCACCAUUUGGUACGGCUAUACUGCGCGUUAGUGCUUCGGAUAGGGAUACGGGAAUCAAUCAAGCUGUGACGUAUGCCAUUGAGACUGAUACGAAGAAUACGUCGGAAUUCUUUCACAUGGACGCCACGGAGGGGGUGGUGUACCUGAAGAAAUCACUUGACUAUGAGGCACACAGAGAGCAUCAUUUUGUCGUGAUUGCCACAGAUAGGGGUGUGCCGAGUCUGAGUAGUACAUCCCAUGUGUGGAUUAAUGUUGCUGAUAUGAAUGAUAAUCCACCGCGUUUUGAGCAAUCGUCAUACAGCUGCAGCCUGUCGGAACAUGCGAAUCGCGGGCAAUUUGUAACGAGUGUCACAGCAAGUGAUCCCGAUCAUGUUGAUCAUACAAACUUAAUCUAUACCAUUGCUCAGGGGAAUGAGCAACAAACGUACAUGAUUGAUUCCACCGAAGGUGCCAUCACCCUUGUUAACAUGCAGAACUUUGCUGAGAAGCACCUAACUGUGCUGAAUGUUUCCGUAACUGAUGGAGUCUAUACGAGCUUUACGCGUGUUAAGAUCACCAUUCUACCUGGGAAUUUGCACAAUCCUGUCUUUCAGCAUCUAAUCUACGAUGUGAAAGUUAAUGAAAAUCAACUAGCUGGACGUCUUGUAGCUCGUGUUGAGGCUGAAGAUGAGGAUUUUGGGGAAUUUGGACAACUGACCUAUGCCAUUGUCUCCGAUGAGAUGUCAGAGUUUUUUGCCUUAGACCCCACAAAGGGGGAAAUUGUGACAAAAGUAAAACUCGAUAGAGAGCAAAGGGAUCUGUAUGAAUUUGUUGUGAUAGUUCAAGAUGGUGGAGGACGCAUUGGGUACACAACAGUACGUGUUCAUGUGGCAGAUGAAAAUGACAAUCCGCCUGUUUUUCAAUUUCACGAAUAUACAGCUUCUAUUCAUGGAAACCACACUGUUGGCGCUUCAUUUCUAACUGUUAGUGCAACAGAUAGGGAUGAGAAUCAAAAUGCUGCUCUUCACUACACCCUCUACGAUGCACAAAAUACAGAGAGCGUUAAGGAUCUCUUUGAUGUCAACGAGAAUACCGGUGAGGUGUUUACAAAGCAGAGUGCCCAUGAGUAUGAGAAUCAGCUUUUUCAAUUCUUUAUUCGUGCCUACGAUGGGGGUGUGCCAUCAAUGCACGAUGAUGUCCCGAUAAAUGUGUACAUAAUGUCCCCAAGUGAUGUUGCACCGACAUUUGAGAAGAAGGAAAAGUCCUUGUUUGUGUCCGAAGCAGCCACAACGGGAACACUCAUUUCGCGUUUUCGUCUAGUUGAAAAUAUCACGCAUACAUUUAGGAUUGUUUCCGGAGAUCAAGAUAAUCCGCAUUUCUCAAUUAAUGACGCCGGGGAGUUGAGGCUUGCAAGAUCACUCGAUCGUGAAGCGAAGGAAGUGCACGUUGUUGGUAUUUUGGCUGAAACUGACUCAAGUCCACCCCUAACUGCCCUCACGGAGAUUCAUUUGCACGUUCAAGAUGACAAUGAUCAUGCCCCAGUGUUUGAGAGUAAUCCGUAUGUGUUGACUGUGGCUGAGAAUGUUGAGAAGGGAACAACAAUCCUCAAAGUAACGGCAACAGAUGAAGAUUCGGGUUCAAAUGGCGAUAUUAGGUACCUUCUAGCAUCAGAUGAUACCCAAGCAGGUAAUACGUUUGGUAUAGAUCCCUAUACGGGGUGGAUAUCAACUCUAGCUGAACUUGAUAAGGAAAUGCAGGGAGAAUUCAGAUUCCGCGUGAUCGCGAUCGAUAAUGGGAAUGUAAAGUUGAAUGAUACGACAUUUGUUGUGAUCAAAGUCAGGGAUUACAAUGAUAAUCCACCGAUCUUCACGCAAGCGCAGUACAAUGCAAGUGUGAGCGAAGAUGCUCUUCCGGGAACGGUGGUACUGCAACUUUCCGUAACUGAUCUCGAUGUUGAUCUCAUUACCCCCAUUGAGUAUUACAUCUUUUCCGGGGAUCGAUUGUCCCAAUUCCAAAUUCGUCGUACUGGGGAAUUGUACGUGGCAAAGGCGCUUGAUCGGGAAACAAUUGAUUCCUACAACUUGGUUGUUCUUGCAACUGAUGGCAAAUUCACAGCAACCACCAAUGUAACGGUGAGCAUACUCGAUGUGAAUGAUAAUCCACCGUAUUGCCUGAAGUUUCGCUACAAGAAAACAAUCUCAGAGGAUGCAACACCGGGAAUUAGUUUGUUUGCCAUUGAAGCAUCCGAUGCAGACUUGGAGAGUAAUUCCAAGUUAAGAUUCUUCCUCACUGGACGUGGUGCGGAUGAUUUCUCCCUCGAUAAGGAUACGGGGAUACUCAAGACAGCCCGACAACUCGAUCGAGAGACAAUAUCCAAAUACAUCCUCGUGGGGCAUGUGCAGGAUCGUGAUCAUUUUGGUUGGGAGUGCUCGUCGCAAAUUGAAUUAACAAUUUCGGAUGUUAAUGAUAAUCCACCGGCAUUCUCAUUGCCCGUCUACAUGGUCUCCCUGUCGGAAGAUGCGGAGAUUGAGACACUCGUAACGAAAGUUCAUGCAACGGAUCUUGAUGUUGGGAUCAAUCGAAAGAUUAAGUAUUCAAUUGUCGAUGAGGGGAAGGAUAAAUUCUUCCGCAUUGCCAGUGAUAGUGGGAUUAUAACAUUAGCAGCAGCACUUGAUCGGGAGAUUCAGGAAGUUCACAAUAUCACAGUUAAGGCUGCUGAUCAGGGUGUUCCGGAACUCUACUCCACGGCAUUGGUUGUUGUCAAUAUUAAGGAUAUCAAUGACAAUCCACCGGAAUUUACGACAAAAUACUUUACUGUUUCCAUUCCGGAAGACACAAGAAUGGGACAAGAGGUGAUUGAGGUUAUGGCAACAAGUAGGGAUAUCGGGGUAAAUGCCGAGAUUACGUAUAGCUUCAUCGGUGGGAAUGAGCAGAAACGUUUCCGUAUUGAUAACAAGACGGGCAUUGUAAGUGUUGCUGGUGGGCUUGAUUACGAAAGAGCUCGCGACUACUUCCUCACAAUUCAAGCUAUGGAUGGUGGUGAGCCACCAUUGAGUAGUUUAGCAACACUCAAUAUCACUGUAACUGAUAGCAAUGACAAUGCACCGCAAUUCACGCAAUCAUCGUAUACAGCACGAAUCAGGGAAGAUGCUCACAUUGGUGAUAAGAUAAUACAGGUAAAAGCCAUUGAUUUAGACGCCGAGAACAAUGGAAAGGUGCUUUAUAGCAUUGAGAAAGGAGAUCGGUUGAAGCAGUUUGCAAUUGAAGGUGAAACAGGCUACAUUUCCGUUGCUGCAUCCCUAGAUCGGGAAUCAAUAUCGAAUUAUGUGCUGGAAGUUAAAGCUGAAGAUUUAGGACAGCCACCCUUGUCGACUUUUAUCCUUGUUAACGUGGAAAUAUCAGAUGCAAAUGAUAAUCCACCUGUAUUCAGUGAGAGCACCUACACAGCCUUUAUUCAUGAAGAUAAAUCUCUUGGACAUGUUCUUCUGCGAUUUAACAUUAUGGAUUUGGAUGCUCCACCCAAUACAGUUCCGUAUACAUUCGAUUUUCGUUCUGGUAACGAGGGUGGCGUCUUCCGGCUGGAACAGGAUGGAAUUCUCCGAACAGCUGCACGUUUUAACCACAAAGUUCGCGAUAGGUAUGAUUUGGAGAUUAGAGUCUUCGACAAUGGGACACCACCACUCUUCUCCGACACACACGUAACUGUGAAUGUAAUUGAGGAGUCUCAGUAUCCACCAAUAAUCACACCGCUUGAGAUUACAAUUAAUUCAUUCAGGGAAUCCUAUCCAGGUGGGGCAAUUGGACGUGUUCAUGCCACGGAUCAAGACAAGUAUGAUUCCUUGGUGUAUGGGCUUGCACCAACAGCCGGAGUCUCCUACAGCCCGACAACAUUGUUUAACAUCUCAACGGAAGGGCAACUCUAUGCACUUCCUGAUCUAGAUUUAGGUGACUACCGUCUCAACGUUACGGUGUCUGAUGGGAAAUUCAUUUCAUUUACAAUCGUAAAGAUUUCCGUUGAUCUAAUUACGGAAGAGAUGCUUACGAAUGGCGUUGUGUUGCGUUUCCGCAAAGUGAAACCAUCGGAUUUCUUGCUGAGUCAUCGUAAGGGCUUCAUUCGAUCUAUCCGGAAUGCCAUGGGUUGUCGCCUUAAGGAUGUCGUUGUAAUCUCCGUUCAGCCUGCAAUGUACGAAGCUGAUGACAUAAAUGUAAUCUCAAGUGAGAAAAUUGCGAGGAAACGCCGGGAGAUUAGUGAAGAUCUCGAUGUUCUGUUUACGGUAAGAAGAUCCCCCCAACUAGCGGGAACUUCCACCUUCUACACUGUGGAGGAAAUUAUAAAAGCCGUUGAGGAUAAUCUGGAGGAAAUUGAGGAUAUAACAAGGUUGACCCUUGAUGAAAUUGUCAAAUCUUCCUGCCCGAAUGCACAUUGUCACAAUGGGAAGUGUGAGGUGUCAAUUAGGGCAACUGAAGCGGCUACCUCAUCGGCCAUUUCCAUUGAUAUGGCUAGCUUUGUUGCCCCACACUACCGACAGGUGAUUGAGUGCAAAUGCCGCAUUGGAUUUGGUGGGGAACACUGCGAGAGACGCAUCAAUGAAUGUGCUUCCAAUUUGUGUCCAAGUCACAAAGUCUGCAUCCCUGAUGCAUCACCUCAGGGCUACCAUUGUGUCUGCCCGGAAGGUUUUGCAGGUCCAAAUUGUGCACGUGAUGUGUCAAAGUGCGAAGAUGAAUCCUGCUACAAUGCCAUCAAUCCGGUUUCCUUUUCCGGCAAGAGCUAUGCGCAAUACAGGAUAGAACGAGCAACAGCCAAGACAUCCAUUGAGAAUCAAUUGACGCUCUCACUCAAUGUGCGCACAGUUCAACCAACGGGAUGCUUAAUAUUUGCCGCUGGGCGGGUGGAUUACAACAUCCUGGAGAUCAAUAGUGGUUUCGUGCAGUAUCGCUUUGAUUUGGGCAGCGGUGAGGGUUUAGUGAGUGUAGCAAGUGUCUUCAUUGCUGAUGGGCAGUGGCAUGAGAUACGAAUUGAAAGGGAAGGUAACAGUGCCCGGGUGCUAAUAGAUCGAACACACGUUGCAUCCGGAAGUGCUCCAGGUGUGAAUGGAGUACUUAAUCUGCAGACAAAUGAUUUGUAUUUUGGGGCAGAAGUACGGCAGCAUGCAACUGUUUUGGGAUUUGAGGAUGUUGAGAAGGGCUUCAUUGGAUGCAUGGAUGAUAUAAGGAUAUCCAGACAAGCACUUCCCCUUCAUCUGAGUGCAACCAAUGAUGGGACUCACUUCACACUGAGACGUUUUGCAAAUGUCGAAUUCUUCUGUGAUGCUGCAACAAUUCUCAAACCCUUGGGGGUGUGUGGGAGUCAACCCUGUCUCAAUGGGGGCACAUGUCGGGAGCUUGAUGGUGCUUUUGAGUGUCUGUGCGAUGCACGUUUCUGGGGGCCGCUUUGUGCGCAAGAUCGUGAUCCAUGUGCAUCAUCGCCAUGCCUCUACGGGGGGCAGUGCAAGGAUCUCGGUGGUGGGAACUACACGUGCGAUUGCCCACCCAAAAUGACAGGGAAGAGAUGUGACUAUGGGCGCUUCUGUGCACCAAACCCUUGUCGAAAUGGUGGGGUGUGCGAAGAAGGGGAUUUUGGACCACUCUGCAUGUGCCGCGGAUACAUGGGACCAACAUGUGAAGUUGAUGUGAAUGAAUGUGAGAAUCAACCAUGUGGCAGUGGGGCAACUUGUAUCAAUGAAGCAGGAAGUUUCCGUUGCAUCUGUCCGCCUUAUCUAACAGGUGCAAGCUGCGGUGAUCCCUUGUACUCAAACCUCCUGAAGUCCAUGAAAUUGGACAAUGUACCCUUUGAAGUGAUUCUCAUUGUGGGUGGAAUUAUUGGUUUAAUUGCCCUUAUUACCCUUAUUGGGGUUGUUUGGUGUAUGGCUGCGCGCAAGAGGAAGAAUCAUCAUGCCCACAAUCAUACGAAUAACGUUCUAAAGACAGACCCCGUACCAGUUGGGUAUAAGAGAGGAUCAAAAAUGAGUAAUUUGGAGCAACAACAACAAACCCCAAGACCUGUUUCCUACACCCCAACAUCCAAUCAUGAUGCUCCCUAUGUGUGUAGCAUAAUGAAUAAUCUGGAAACGCUGAGGAAUUACGGAUCGGCGGGGGAUGAAUUGGAGAAUGUUGUGGAGGAGUACAGGAAGCAGAGACCCACACAACCACUCCUGGUGAACAUUAAUGGUGGCGAAGCGGAUGGGGGGAAACAAGUGUGGGGAGAUCAUAUUCAUCUGCAAACAUUCUCCGAUGGAGCCAGUCCUACGGGGAAGAUUAAUAAUGAUGUAAAAAUACUUGAUCCCCACAUGAGAUUGGGAACACUCAAAUCCACGGGAAUACUCGCUGGAAGGCUUGUCGCGUCACCGCAGGAAGAGCAACAAAGUCACCAUGGGGCAUACCAUUGGGAUUGCUCAGAUUGGGUACGUCGAAGUCACAAUCCACUGCCGAACAUAACAGAAGUGCCAGGAAGUGAAAUCCCCGAUUCAUCCAGCUUCCACAGUAAUGAGAGCAAUGAGUCCCAACCGAAGGUUCCAACAGUACCUCAAUUAUCUUGCAUCGUGGAUCCUGCUCGUGACAUUGAGACUCUCAACGAGGACUUGGAAUCUGAUGUAAUACCAGAUUAUUCAAAUCAUGAAGAUGAUCCCAUGGCCAGCUUGUCAGCCCUCAAUCCACUUGAUAGUGGUAGUGAAGAUUAUCGAUUUAGUACAGCAGCGGAGAGCUAUGUGCGUCAUCCAAACAGCUACUUGCCACGGUACAAUAUCCAGAGUGAUACGGACGGGGAAAGGUCUUCAUUGAUGGCCAAUGGGGGGACCUUUGAUGUACCCCCCGUGAGUAUCAUUGAAUCCGAUGAGGAUCAAGAAGAAGAAGAGGACGGUGUCACCAUACCGGCUUAUGGAUUCCCAGCAUCAUCGUCAGCGAUGAAAGCUCGUAGGCGAAAUCGCAUUGAGGCACGCGACAUGGAGCUGGCAAUGCGACAAGCAGGUCAGGAAGAUGAUACCCUUCUCGGUGGGGGUAGUGGUGGCUAUCGUCGUGGCUCUGCAAGUGACCUCUCUGUGCAUCUUUGCGAAAUUGAAGAUAGUGAGUAUGAAGGAGAUUCGAAUGCAUUGUCCAAGAUAAUGCAACAGACAUCUGUUUAGGGAAAUUCAUUAAAAAAAAGAAAAAAAAAACAACCGCAUGCACCAUUAAAGGAAAAAAAGAUUAAAAAGUUUAGCGAAAAGAGUGUCUUUUUCUAUGAAAGAGAUGACUUUUUAUUUAAAUUUCUCUACAAUUCUUUUUUUUUCUUUUCACCUGAGAGUGAUGCAACACCUCUUUCAUCCCGUCCUAAAAAAAAAUGUCUUUUUCGUAUACUUCAGCACGGAGCCAUCCUCUUAAAAAAAACAUUUCAUCGUAAAAGAAAAUAAGCAUUUUGAGAGUUUAUUCUUUGAGGCGAUUUUGCUCUUUUCUUUGACGUUUCUUUCAAAGUAUUAUUUCUUAUUGAAAAAAAAAGAUUUCAAACAACUCUAGCUGAGAAAAACAAAAACUUCCUUCAAACAUUAUUUCUUUGCGUACUUUGCCUACUUAGUUUUUUUUAAGCACAAUGCAAAAGUUUGAAAACAAAUUGACUGUUUUUUUAUUAUUAUUUUUAAAUAAAUUUUCAAUUUCUCAGUGAGUGACGAAAGAGAAAAUUGCAUAAAUAAAGAAUUUAAAUUCAUGGAAUUUAAGCUAAAAUGUGAUAGAAAGAUUCGAGAAAGAAUAAACAAAAAUCCAUUUUAUAAACCAUUUUAUUGACAAAACAAAAUCAUUCUUGAUAGACUUUUUUUAUAAUAAUUUGUUUUAUUAUGCAAACUUGAUUUUAGAAUUGAGAAAAAAAUCGCAGCUAAAUGAUAAUGUGGAUCAAUUAAUUAGAAAAUAAUUUUAAAAAUUGAUUUCUUCCAUAAAAGUACCUACAUACCUAUCAAGCCACCUGGCAAAACUCUUUUCUAUCACCUAUUUAUAAUUUUGCAAUUAAUAGUUAAACAAUGGGUCGUACAGCGAUCAAGAAGUUCUUGAAAAUUGAAGAAUUUCUUCUGAAAUUUCAAUGAUUUCAGGAAUAUCUUGGUCCCUGACUGAAUACGACCCAAUAUUCCUAAAAAAUGAAAGAAUUAAUAAAUCAAUGGAAAAUAAAACAUAUUUCUGGCAGCACAUUAAUCUUGAUUCCCAAAUCCUCUGAGUUCUUUACUCUCCAUGUAUUUGCUCGUAAUUAAAUAAAUAUAAUUUAAUCAACGGUCCCUGCUAAUCGCAGCUGAUUUCUAAGUAGCUUAUCUUUUUUUUUCUAUUAAAAUACCGAAAACUUAUUAAAAUAUUUUUUUAUAAAGAAACUCUUUUUCUCCAAUAUAUUUUCAUGCAAUAUUUAUUGAAAAAAAAAUAAAUAGAUAUUUUUAUCGAUGAUUUUUUUAAUCUUCAUUUUUUUCUUAACUAUAUAUUAAGAAAAUUGCAUCAGGCACAGCGUUAGGAUUAAGGAGAAAAAAAAUGUGUAAAAAAAUAUUGUUAAUGAACGGAAGGUUAAUAAUUCAUUUUAUAUGAAAAUUUCUAUAACUAAUUUGGUUUUGUAAAUAAAAUGUAUUAAGCAAAAAAUAAAUAAAUAAAAUAACAAAAAUUGAGCACCCUUUUGAGAAAUUGUCAACCCCUAUUUUUAUAAAAAAAAAAAAGAAAAAAACAUUCUCAUUAUAAAAUUCUUUUUGGUAGGUAUUACAAACACCUUAAAAAAUAUCGUAUACUUUGUCUUAAAACAUUUCAAAAAAAAAUGAACGCGAAAUCUUUUUCCAUUAAUUUUAGUUAAAACUGCCACAUAUAUUUUUCUUUUAAAUAAUUACAAAGAAAAAAAAAUAAACUAAACAAUGCAUUUACUUUUGUGAAAUAAAUUAAUAACUAAGAACAAGAAGGAUUGUAUAGGAAACUCACUUUAUUAAUACAAAACACACACAUUUUUUUUAAUAAAAAUAAAUAAAAAUAAAACGUAGCGAAGAACAAAUCACGUAGUUUGUAGGAAAAAAAAAAAGAAAUAUUAAAAUACUAAAACGAAAAUUUAAUGAAUCAACUAUGAAAGAUGCGAAGUAAAUGAACGUGCGAAAAAUGAGAGAAAUAUUAGUGCUAGAAUAUUAUGAAUAAAACGUAAAAAUAUGUAAAAUAUGAUGAGGCCAUAAAGAGAAAAUUCUUUAAUUUUUAUUCAUUUUUUUCUUUUAAUUUGUUUUUCUUAAAGAAUUAAUGCAAAUUAUUCACUUUUAAAAGAGAAAAUGAAAGAAAAAAAAUACCUUAAAAUACGGACUGAGGAAUCACAUUAUACAAAAAAAAUUAUUACACCACACCAUGUAAUUUUAUUAUCACCUUUAAAAUAAAAGAGAAAAAAAAAUAGAUAAAUAGGAAAAUUUUAAUUACAUAGAAAGUAAUAAAAUAAAAAAAUACAUAAUUUAACAAGAAGAAAAAUCAAAAACAGAAAUAUUGGUUUUAUUUAGAAUUCAUUCCAGUGAAAGAAGAUAGAGAGAUAAAAUAAAUAAGUCGUAUUCAGCUACCAAGAAAUUCUUGAAAUUUCAGAAGAAAUUCUUGAAAUGUUUGAAGUAAUUCUUGAAAUUUUAGAAGAACUUGAAAUUUCUGAAGAAAUUGGCCAUCAAUUUGUCCAUUGAAUGCCCUGAGGAAGGACUUAAAUAAUCUGAAACCUCGACUUUUAAGAAAACCCAUUCAUUGCCCACGGUCGUCCUUUUUCUUGUUCAAAUUUCAAGGAUUUCUUGAUCGCUGAAUACGACUCAAUUGAAAGAGAAAAUCUCAAAAAGGCUGCAACGAAUUCUUGAGUAAACCAACAAAGACAGCAAGAAAGACUUUUGAGUUCCACAAAAAAUAAAGAAAAACUAUAAAAACAGGAACGCUAAAGACACUAAAUGAUACCUUAAAAAAAUAAAAAAGAAACCAUCAAUAGAUCAAAAGAAAAUCAUGAUGAAUCCACAUAUCUUACAAGAUGGAAAAGAAAAACUAUAAAGAAAAAAUUAUGAAAGAUGUAUCUGAGAGAGUUAUGAAGAGAAAUAGUGGAGAGUUAUAAAAGAAAAAUUUUUAUUUAAUACACUUUGUACAAUGAA